UCGGCCGGACGCUGAGGUUUGUUUGGAUCAUGAUUACCUUAACCAAAAAGCUGAAAUCCAGCAAGGGAGGAGGGAUACCAGAGCCUCCCAAGAAGAGGAUUUCUAUUAGAGAUCAACUGCUUGUUAAAGAGGUUAGUGAAAUGGAGAGCAACCUGCCAGAGGGAUGUACAGUCAAGUUCGAGGACCCCAACGCCCUCCACACCUUCCGCCUCGUCGUGGCCCCACCUGAGGGGUACUGGGCUGGGGGCGUGUUCGUUUUUAGUAUCAAUGUACCUGAAGAUUAUAAUAUAGCUCCUCCUGUUGUGAGAUGUGAAACGAAACUGUGGCAUCCAAACAUCAGUGAAGAAGGGGAGAUCUGCCUGUCUCUCCUGAGGCAGAACUCCAUCGAUGGUCUUGGCUGGGCGCCCACGCGGAGGUUAAAGGAUGUCGUGUGGGGUCUUAGUAGUCUUUUUCAGGAUCUAUUGAAUUUUGAUGAUCCUCUAAACAUCGAAGCUGCCGAACACUACCAGCGCGACAAGGACUCCUUUAGAUGGAAAGUUAGGGACUAUAUAGAGACGUAUACAAAACGAUGAAGCACACAGGGCUUUCUCUCGGCAUUAGCUUAAGUUUGUAAAUACUCUUCAACCUCUGUGCGCUUUUCCUUUCCACUGGGGGGGGAAAAAAAAAAAGAUUGUUCUCUGAUUGACUAACAUUUUUUACCAUUAGCUGUUGUUAAGCCACAUGUACUACUAGUGCUUUAGAUUUUGAUAUCCAUUGUAUUAUUAUUUUUUUUUCUCUCUCUCUCUCUCUCUUUUUCUUUUCUUUUUUUUUUCUCAUUUUGUGAUAGCCUUUUUCUCUUAUUAUGCAAAGAAAGGUUUCGUGUUUCAAAUGGAAGUGUAGGAAGGGUGUUGUAGCUUCAGUUUUAAAUAAAACCCAUGGCAUUACCAAAUCAGUAGCCCCCUCCCCUACAUACACACUCCCCAAACAAACAAACAAAAGAUAAAAAGAAGAUAAAAAACAUGUUUCACAGCAAAAUAGGAUUCAGUAGGUAAGUGUACCAUUUUUCUCCAAUAAGUUUCAUUCUAAUGUUAUAUAAUUAAGAAAGUUAUAUAAAAAAAUUGUAAGAAAAGAAAGUGUAGAACUCUUCCAGAAAGGCAUCCUUUCACAUGGGAAAAAGGGGAUGGAACAACUACGAUCUGGCAUUUUGUUUUGCAAUAUUGUUUAUUUGUAUGUAAGAAGGGAAUCGAGUAAGUGUUAUUGUUUCUGUUAAGCGUUUCCCUUUCUGAAUGGAGAAUAGCCACCAGUGUAAUGCUGCAGAAAUCAUCUUUUCUUUUCCUCAACUUUCGACACAAGAUAACAGGAAUCACAUCAGGGGUUCAAGGGAAGUUAUGGACCCUAAAGGUAUCUCGAGCAAGAUCCACGCUUAAGGCCAUUUCUCAUUAAAAAAAGAAAGAAAGAAAGAAAAAAGAACAUUAUGAAUAUUACGAGUAUUCCCUCCUUGUCCUUGUCAUUCUCUGAAGGAUGUUGGCAAACGGACCUGUAUUCUCUCUACCCCACGAUUCUCUCAGAAGUUGUUACUUUUUUUUCCAGGAUAACUACUGGUAAUUACACACUGAAGUCAAGCAUUAAAGUACAGUCACAUUUUUUUCUCUCUCUUUUUCUUUUCUUUUUUUUUUCUCAUUUUGUGAUAGCCUUUUUCUCUUAUUAUGCAAAGAAAGGUUUCGUGUUUCAAAUGGAAGUGUAGGAAGGGUGUUGUAGCUUCAGUUUUAAAUAAAACCCAUGGCAUUACCAAAUCAGUAGCCCCCUCCCCUACAUACACACUCCCCAAACAAACAAACAAAAAGAUAAAAAGAAGAUAAAAAACAUGUUUCACAGCAAAAUAGGAUUCAGUAGGUAAGUGUACCAUUUUUCUCCAAUAAGUUUCAUUCUAAUGUUAUAUAAUUAAGAAAGUUAUAUAAAAAAAUUGUAAGAAAAGAAAGUGUAGAACUCUUCCAGAAAGGCAUCCUUUCACAUGGGAAAAAGGGGAUGGAACAACUACGAUCUGGCAUUUUGUUUUGCAAUAUUGUUUAUUUGUAUGUAAGAAGGGAAUCGAGUAAGUGUUAUUGUUUCUGUUAAGCGUUUCCCUUUCUGAAUGGAGAAUAGCCACCAGUGUAAUGCUGCAGAAAUCAUCUUUUCUUUUCCUCAACUUUCGACACAAGAUAACAGGAAUCACAUCAGGGGUUCAAGGGAAGUUAUGGACCCUAAAGGUAUCUCGAGCAAGAUCCACGCUUAAGGCCAUUUCUCAUUAAAAAAAGAAAGAAAGAAAGAAAAAAGAACAUUUAUGAAUAUUACGAGUAUUCCCUCCUUGUCCUUGUCAUUCUCUGAAGGAUGUUGGCAAACGGACCUGUAUUCUCUCUACCCCACGAUUCUCUCAGAAGUUGUUACUUUUUUUUCCAGGAUAACUACUGGUAAUUACACACUGAAGUCAAGCAUUAAAGUACAGUCACAUUUUUUUCUCUCUCUUUUUCUCUUUCUUUUCUUUCAGUCUUCUGUGCCACCUGUGUUGAGCCCUCUUAGAUUGCAGCUAUUUUUAACAGCAUACGUGUUAGCUGUACCAAACCACCUGGUGUUGGCAAGCACUUUCUGCUCACAAUUGCCCCAUUGUAUAAUGCAACAUUCCAACUGGUCUACAUAGAUGUAGAUCAUGCAACAAUAAUUGCUCAAUAAGCAAGUCUCCAUGACUCAUCUCUAAGAGAAUGCAAACCUGGUAUUUCUUGUUGGUGUCAAGUUAUUUAUUUGUAGAAGAGGGCAUAGAUGGAGGCCUGAGACCUUCUAGGUAUCAUUUUAAGCUACACUAUAAGCAGUGGGCUGUAGCAGUUCAGUGCUGGUUGUGAGAUCUAUUGGUAAAACUCAAACAACAGUUUUCAAGAUUUGAGAGUACAGUUAAUUCACACCAGUUGAUCUUGUGAAAAUGGAGUACUAGUAAUGUACUUGUUGCAGGUCUUUCUAGUCAUGAGAUCUAACCUAGUAGAGAGACAUAUUCAAGCGUAUAGUUAAGAAAGCGUAAGGUAUAUUUGUGAUACUUAAAGAAAAGUAUAUAUGAAAUGGCCUUCUUUUUUAAUAGUUAGUACAUCACUCAAUAUUUUCUCUAAAGGAAAUGACUAAUUAGAUUAUUUAGAUUAUUAUAUAAUCGAUCAAGUUGGUAAGGUGAGGAUAUGGAUGUCAUGUUGUACAGUUCUAUUUCAACUGAUGCUUCAGACUAUAGAAACCAUAGCGAGAAGAAAAAAACAAACAAAUACAACAAUAAUCUCAGAAUUAGGUAGGUAAUAGUGAUGCCUAAUGUGAAUGAGUAUCAUGAAAAUGACCCAACUUUCUUCUUUUUGUUAUUUCUAUACUCCUAUGAAUGCCUUUAUCAAGUCAUCAGUAAACAGUUAUAUAUGAAUUACUACUGACCCUUCAUUUUUGAGUGUGUUGCAUCAUGACAUUUAAUUAUAUAUGCAUUUGUGUUUUGCAAGUGCUUUUAAAUUUGUUUGAAUACAAAUAUCUUGUGUCGUGGACGGUUGUUUGGACAGCAUAUCGAUGCAAACAAGGAGGAGUUCUACCUGGCAUGUUACACCACAUGUUUGUGAUAUUCUUUGUGUAUUAUAUUUAAGCUGUUCUCCAAACUCCUUUCAGAUUUUUUUUAUUGGAUUCUCAUACUGUACAUGGUUUCAGUUAAUUUUCUAUUGAGAAUUUUGUUAGAGAAGUGGAAACAUGUACUUUGAUAGACACAGAAAUGUAUGUAACAUUGUUUGAAUUGACUCUAAUGAUUAUCCUGUAACUUUUAAAUAAAAUUUAUUGAAAGGCCAAA